AUCCACACGCAGAAAGUCAUCAGCCACACUUGACCGACUGCUUCUCCUCCUCCUUCACCAACCAAACGGAUCUCCUCUCCCACUCUACUCCUUUCCAAUCAUUCGACCGAUUCCCCCCCUUCUAGAUUGUCUAUCCAUUUAGGUUUUCUCGACGGUGCUGAACUGGGUUGCGUGGGAUCUAAGACCGUUCCCGAUCCACCCAUCAAUCCCCCGUCCGAAGUUCCCUACCGGUCUGCAUUGGAGGAAUAGGACGACACCCCCGUCCGGGAUUCCGAUCAGUGGAAGGGAUUUGUCCCGCCGUUCCUGGUCGAUCGUGCUGCGCCGUUCGACCCUGUAACCCUUCCUGUGGUCCUUCGGCGGGUAUCUUGUGUGCUGUUGGGUGACGGUUGUGGCGGCCUGCGUGACAAGGCCCUCUCUCCCCGACGGGUUCCAUUCCGACUGUCGAGCCCACCGUUUCGAACGUCUUCGCAUUUUUCCCAAGCUUCCGUUCAACUAGUCCACGCGACCACCGUCGAAUUCCACCUCUCUGGGUUGACCAGAAUUUCCGAGAUCGAACCCGAAUCGCCAUGUCGUCCGCUGCCAUGUCCAAGAAGAACAAGGGUAAAAAGGUCGCCGACCCGAACGAGACCUCGAAGUUGUUGGCGGCCAAAAUCUCCCAGUUGGAACAAGAUGCUGCGGGGGAAAAGGACCAGGAGCAGGAAAUUGAGCGGGAGGUCAAGAAAGCCACUCGAGACCUCAAUCAACUGUUGAGUAACAUCGAAUCCCCCAUGACCCGACUGGAGACCGUCCAUAAGAAAUACACCGAGUUGCUGGCCGAUAUGAAAAAGUUGGAUCGCGAUUACUCAAAGAGCAAGAAGCGAGCCGACCAGUUGCAGAAGGAUCAGGACAAGGGUAAAUCGGAGUUGAACAAAACGGUCACCAUGAAGGACAAACUGGAAAAACUGUGCCGCGAACUCACCAAGGAGAACAAAAAGGUCAAGGACGAGAACAAGAAACUGGAGGAGACGGAGAAGAAGGCACGGCUCAUUGUCAACGAACGCCUCGACUCGCUGUUGUACGAUAUUCAAGAUGUCAUGGCCGCCAAGGGGAACCCCCGCAACGAGAAGCUGGAUAUUGACUUGGACGAAGCUUUGCGCGCCAAGAUCAAGACCAUCGGCGAAAAGUUCGAGAUGCGCGAAUUACACUACAAGUCCCUCCUUCGGAGCAAGGAUGCGGAGAUACAAUGCCUGACCGCCAAGUACGAAGAACAACGCCGAGCCGCAGAGAACGAAGCCGCCCGAUGCCGUGCGCUCAGCUCGCAGGUAUCCACCUUUUCACAAACCGAGGCCGAAUUGCGGAGUCAGCUCAACAUCUACGUCGAGAAGUUCAAGCAGGUGGAAGAUACGUUAAACAACAGUAACGAGCUGUUCCUGACCUUCCGCAAGGAGAUGGAGGAGAUGUCGAAGAAGACCAAACGUCUGGAGAAGGAGAAUCUGACCCUGACGCGCAAGCACGACCAGACCAAUCGCAAUAUCCUGGAGAUGGCGGAGGAACGCACACGGAAUCACGAAGAGUUGGAAAAGUGGCGCAAGAAGAGCCACCAUCUCGAGGCCCUGUGUCGGCGCAUGCAAGCCCAAGGUCGGGGGCAGGGUCUGGCCGCAGAGCUAGGUGCGGACGACGAGGGGACGGAGAGCGAAUAUGACGAAGACUACGAAGACGAAGAAGACGACGAGGAGGGCAUCAGCGACGACGACGAGGACGAAGACGACGAGGAGGAGUACGAGCUGGAUAGCCCGAACCGCGGCUUGAACGGCGACCGUCACGCGCCACAGCAACCGGAAAAGCCGGUCUUUGGACCGCCGCCGCCGCCGAAUCUUUUGGAGGCGCGUGCCAACGGGAACAAGGCCAUGAUCAAUGGAUGUCAUUAGUAUUUGUUUUGCAAUGGUACUUCUUUUCUUUUAAGUUUUUUUUAUCCUUUAUUUCUGGGGGCUUUAUACUGGACUGGUAUUGGGUGGAGUAUCGUCGGUGGACUCCCUCUCUUACUGUUUUGCUGGUGGAUCGGUCGGAUAUCUGAUCUGCCCAGUGUCUGUUCUGUUGAUGGAGUGACCUGUAGUCGACUUGCAUAUUCUUCUCGUCCGGGGUCACCUUUCCUGGCUCACGGGAGGUUGGAUUCACAGGGCCUCCUACCUGUUCUGUUGUUCAUUCAUGUAUCUGUACAUGCUAGACUCUUCUCGUCUGCAACAUCUCAUGCUGUUAUGAUUUCAAUGCAGUCCGUAC